GCAUAACGAGUUUAGAUUUGUUUCUUUUUAUAAAAACGUGUAUUCAGUAAGAAAUACUUAUGUAAAUAUAUCAAGGUAUAUAAAAUACUAGUGAAUCUUUUCAUCUGAUCCGUUUGGUGAUCGUGUUUGAGCACGAAUUUAACACCAGGUAUCGAUCCUUGUAGUUUAUAUACACAUUGAAUAGACACAGGAGAUUAUGUGAAAUUUAUUUGAUAUAUCAUACGUAUACAUUUUAUUUUAGAGGAGUUUAUGUUUUGGAAAGUUUAAGAGAACUGUAUACAUGACAACAUUUUUAUUUUAAAGGAAUUUAUGUUCGGAAAAGUAACUAUGAAAGUACAAUAUACAUGACAUAAUUUCAUUUUAAAGGAAUCUAUGAUUGGGAAAGUGUAAGAGAACUACAUACUUGAUAAAAUAUGGAUACUUCCGUCAAACUUGGUGUCGGGAUAAGUUUCACGCUGAUUGCAGUUUUAGGAUUGCUAUUUAACAUUUUAUAUGUUUUCGUUUUCAUCAGAAGAAGACAACUUCGCCAACCAACUAAAUACUUCUUAUUCAGUUUAGCUUUAGUAGACAUAAUAUCUAUCACAUUCUGGACACUGUUUAGUCUGAUAUCAGCUUUCCUGGGAGAAUGGGGACUACCAACCGAGGUUUGCCAACUUCAAGAAUUUACAAUGUCUUUUUGUCUCCUGUUGAAUAUGCAUACAUUCAUGCUGCUGGCAUUAGAGAGGGCACUUUUCAUAUUAAAGCCAUCUCGACACAGUGAAAUAUGCAUUAAUACGGUAAUUGUUAUUAUUCUAAUUGCUAUGUGGCUUUUUGAUGCAGUUAUUUCAAUUUUUCCUUUUACCGGAUGGGGAGAAAUAACCUAUUUUGAAAACCAAUUUCAGUGUUCUAUGGACUAUGAAAAAAACACGCGACAAAUGAGAUUUGCAACAGCCGUCGCCGUAGGAAUUCCGUUUUUAGUCAUGGUUAUAGCUUAUGUUAUCAUAUUCAUUAAAAUGAAAAAGUUACAAAAAGGAGUAUCUGGAGGAGGCCAGAUAAUAUUGGAACAAGCAGAUUGUGCGAACGGAGACAGCUACUCGGCUAGGCUUAAACGACAACAGCUGAAAUUCCAGAAUGCUGGAAUGAAACGAAAGAAACCGAUAUUAGGAAGAGAAAUCGAUAAAGAUGGAUUUGCUCGAGAUGAAAGCUCAGAUGAAGAAAAUAAGACGUCAAAGGACACAGAAGGAGUUAAAAACAUUUUUUAUUUGUAUAAAAGUGAUGUGACAUGGAUCAAAACCUAUCUCAUCAUAACGGUAACAUAUCUGUUGUUAUGGAUACCGUAUAUUAUCAUUACGUAUGUUCAAACUUUCGACCGUUACCAUGGGAUUCCUGAUGUUGUGUUUUAUAUUUUUGUUAUUUUCACACAUUGCACGGCAUUUGCAAAACCAGUGGCUUAUGUUAUUCAUAAUGAAAAUUUCCGCAACCAUUUUAAGAAAGCAGUUACCAAGAAGACCAAAUACCGAAACUUUGAAAGAAAUUGACCUUAUCUAUUGUUGAUCUUGUUAUGAUGUUGACAUUGCAGAUAAAUAUUUACAUGAAA